AUGUCCGAGCGCUCCCUGCCACACCCCAACCCGCGCGUCGCUCUCCUCCAGCAAGAGAUCGCCCGUCUCGAGGCUCAGCUCGAAGGGCGCGAUGCCGACGCCAUCGUGCAGCGUCACAUCAAGCUGCUGCACACCUACAACGAAAUCAAGGACGGCGCGCAGGCCCUCAUCGGCAAGUACGCUGUUUUCACCCACACGACCGUCACCGCUGUGCACCAGGAGCUCGGCCUGAGCUUGGUCGAGUAG